AUGCUUCCAAAUGAAAUUGACCCAUACGAAUUCAAGUUCUUCGUAAAAGACAUACUACCUCUAUCUGAAACAUAUACGCUGUUUAAGAGUUCGAAGUUACUGAAGGCAAAGGAAACAGUGAAGGCGAUCUCAAAGACAAAUCAAGGGCUGAUUGUUUUAAUCCACAAGCCCAAGGAAACCACAAUAUACACCCCAGAAAGCAAAGUCUCAUACUUCACAAAGAGAAGAGGAAGGAUGGCACCCAAGAAUGCAGUUAUCCGCUUCUUGAAAGCGAAAAUGGUUGAUUUUGUCGUUCUAAGAUUUAAAGCUUUUUACUGCUGCCUGUCUAGAUGGGACAAGGAUGUCUGCAGUUUUUGUAUUGUGGCGUGCUUAGGCAAAGGGGCGACCGAAAGAGCACUGCUGAAUCCCUCUGAAAUAUUGGGAGAUGUAAAGGAAACUCCUCCUCUUAUUGGGAAAGGGAUGUUUAAGUUCAAGGAUCUAGAUUCAUUCAAGCGCUUGAGAAUAGGACAUAAGGAUCAGUCGCAGGAAGCCAAUUGCAGUUCCGUUUCUGAAUCACCUUCUAGUGCCAGUGAUGUGAAGGUGAAUCCAAUUGAUUUUGUUCAAGAAGACGGGCUGGAAUAUAUAAACAAGAGCGCCUCUGGUAAUACAGAUGGACUUCCAGAUAGAAAGACAGAGGACAAAAAUUGCCUUGUUGAAAUAAUGUCUGAAGGCACUAAGGAGGCUACAGAAAACAUUUACUCAAAGCCAUAUAAGGAAGUCAAGAAUGACGAGGAAGGGUUGAUUGACUACAUAAUAUCAAAGAUCACGAAGAUUGUAUGUGAAGAUGUAAAUACAGGAUGCCUCCAAGAGGACGGGGAGAAAGAUAAGCUGUGGAAAACACUUGAGGAGGACGAAGAAAGUGACGGCUCAAGCAAAGGGUGUGGGUAUGAUUUUGAGGGGAACAAUUUCUGUGACGACAAGCAAAAUAAAGGAUACGGCAGCUACUCUCAUGAGGAUCAAGACGAGAGCUUCAAGUAUGAUAAUACCAUAAGAUUUGGGAUCAUAGAUGAUGGGAAGUUAAGAUGUAUCCAAAAAAGUGUUGGGUUGCUGUCUAUGGCGAAGUUUGAUAGAUUGGAAGCAUUUAUUAUUGGCAUAAUAGAUCGACUUAAAAAGACAAACAUUAAUUAUGUAGAGGUUUGUUCUGAGAUCGACUUCUUUAUUGUUAAGAAGCAAGAUACUAUUCAUUUAUACGUUCGAGACCUAAUACAUAGAAAGGAAAGGAAAUUCAUGGAGAACUUCAAUGAAAUAUUUGAGAAGCUUGGUGCAAGAACCUCGUGA